GGAAAUCACAGCACUUAAAAUUUGAGUCAAUCAAGGCUUGACAUACGAAAAUGGCCAGCGAAUUGUCCAGGAGUUAUUUUCUUUUGGGUGUUGUCAUUAUACUUCAUUGCUGUGGAAAAGUUGCUUGCUCUCACAGUUGCUCAUAUUCGAAUAUCAGAAGCCCUGGUUACCCCGGCAAGUAUCCAGAAAACCUGGAUUGCACUUGGACUAAAUCGUCAAGCUUAGACAUAGUAAGGUUGGACAUCAGCUCUCUUGAUCUUGAGCAAUGCUCACGAUGCACAUGUGAUUAUGUCGAGGUUUUUGACGGAGACAGUAAAAGCAGUAAAAGCCUCGGAAAGUACUGCACCGGCUCGGUUUACUUGGUGUCCACAGGCCGCUACCUAACGGUAGCGUUUCACACUGAUCACACCAAAGGUCAAAGAGCCAACACCGGAUUUCAAGCAAAUUCCUACUCCAUAUCCCGAAGCGAUGUGUGCAAAAAGGACUCCUACACCAUCAGCACGGCCUAUUCGAAUUAUGGAAAUGUGGAUUGCUCCUGGACGUUGACUACGCAUUAUACGGGAUAUGUCGUGGUACUGGAUGUGUCUUCGCUGAGCUUUGGAACUUGUUCAAGCUCCUGCAGUUGUGGCCAGCUUGAGGUUUAUAAUACUUUACAUGGCAUUCAAACAAAGAUCGGCUCGUGGUGCUCAAGACCACAAAAAAGUAUCAUUUCUCGCGGGAGGAACAUGCUUGUGAAAUUUGUUUCCACACCGAAGUCAACAACACAAAGUUUUCGGGCUGAAUAUAAGUUUGUAAGAGAGAUAGGAGUUUGCAAGCAAGCAGAUACACUGGAAGCGAAUGAGUAUUCACAAACUCUGAAAAGUUACAACCAACCGUCUCCCUACAUUAGACUUGUCGACUGCGCGUGGACGAUUAAAGGAAGGGAUGGUCAACUGAUCCGUUUGACUGUAAGUGAACUGGACUUGGGUGGCUGCAUUUCUUGCGGCUUUCUGCAAAUAUACGACGGGGAGACGGAAUUGGUUGGCAAAAAUCUUGGAAAAUGGCGAUCGAGCAAACCAGACAUUGUUUCCACUGGCAAGUAUAUGAAGGUGAAGUUUAAGACAAGCAAGUUUGAUACGAAUAAAGGACUCAUCGCAACAUACCGUACAGUUCCUAAAAAUAAUGUUUGUGCAAUACCCAAUGGAGACAGCGGCACUAUUGAAAGCAUGAACUACCCUUUUUCCUAUCCUGGCAAUAUCAACUGUUUCUGGAAACUUCAUGCACCAGGGAGUUACCUCGUACGGUUCUACACCGUAGGAAUGAAUAUUUCUACAAUCAAUUGUAAGAGCAGUUGCAAAUCACUGGCGGUGUAUGAUGGACCUUCUAUUAUUGACAGCAAGUUGGGCACCUAUGAAAAUGAGGAUGUUAGCCUCGUUUCCAGUACUUCGCAACUGUCGUUGGUCUUCAAAACAUAUCAGGGAGGAUCCGGUGGAUUUCGAGGAAAAUAUCAGUUUGUUCAUAAAAGCGAAGUUUGCAAAGACAGCCUUAACCUUCAAGCAAACGCAUUUGGCGGAGCAAUUAAUAGCCGAAAUUUCCCGGAACACUAUUGGGGAAAUAUGCAUUGUUUCUGGCGCAUUCAAGCAGGACCUGACCACAAGAUUCGACUGAUCGUUCAGACAAUAGAUUUUGAAGACCUUUCCCAUUUUGAUGGCUCCUCCCAAUGCCGUGAUUACAUUGACAUCUUUGAUGGAGCAAAUAGAAAUAGCAAAUCACUCGGACGCUGGUGCAAAACUCGAGCUGAUCUCGUAUCAAGCGGCACUUACCUUUAUAUUGAAAUGCACACCAGCGCAAGAGUGUCACAUCGAGGCUUCAAAGCAAAAUACUUCGCUAUUCACACGAAUAACGUCUGUCCUGGAAGUGGCGUUCUCAUCGCUGAAUCAGGGACGAUAAAGAGUCCAAGUUUCCCACAACAUUAUUACGGGGGGAUUUCAUGUGAUUGGACGAUAACUGUAUCAUUCGGCAAGCGCAUUCGCAUCAAGUCCAGGUCUCUCAACUUGGAGCAAUGUCAUCCGUGUGGUUCUGAUUGUGAUCAUAUUGAAAUAUCCGACGUUGAUUUCUCGUCCGGAAGACGUAUUGUUGGAAAAUGGUGCAUAGAGAGCUUCGAUGUCAUUUCGCGUGGUAAUACGGUGAAUAUAAGAUUCAAAAGUAAUCUUAAUAACGCUGGCGAGAGCUUUGUCAUAGAAUAUAAGUCAGUUCAAGAAGAAGAAGUUUGUCCAAUCAAUCAAAUUUCACAUUCAAGUGGAACAGUAACAAGCAUGGGUUAUCCCAAUGAUAAUUAUCCAGGGAAUCUAAAGUGCCAGUAUCAAAUGAAGGCACCAUAUGACAACCAAGUUAUUCGCCUCGAAUUCACCUACUUCCAACUGGCAGCUUGUGGGUUUAAUUCGGGGUCAUGUAAAUUUUGUGGGGACACUCUUCAAGCCGUUGAAUGGAUAAAAAUUGCUAAUAGAAUUAAGAUGGCUAACUUUAGUCGCUGGUGCUCGACCUGGAAUAAUCCCCACUCGACGCACAUAUUUUCAUCUGGAAAAAACUUGUUUCUCAACUUCGACACAGAUGCUACAUCACAAGAUACGGGAUUCAGAGCAACGUAUCGGAGUGUUUCAAAGAAUUUAGGAUGUCUCCAUACUGGCACCUUAUCAAAGAAUUCAGGCAAUUUCAGUGGUCCUCGAUCACCCUUUAACUCGGAGACAUUGUGUACAUGGUUCAUAAAAGUAGCUUCUGAGAAAAAGAUUGAACUGAAAUUCAAGUAUACCAGCGUUACCCAAAGGGACUGUAGCUUUGCUUACGUUAAAGUAUAUGAUGGUUUCUCUCCCACCAGCUCUUCAUUUGGUCGUUUUUGCGAGCAUUACUGGUGGAAAAAGAUAAAAUCUACAGGCCCCUCGUUGUACGUUACAUUGUGGGUGGACUCUACAUCUCGAUCGCACGGAGUGCCUUACUUUUACGCAGAAUACAUUGCAGUUGACAACGCAGGCAAACCUGAAAAGUGUGAAAAUCUUAUUAUUGGAAUCAUUCUUUUUUGGUCGAUGCUGCUGCCCAUGUUUUAGAGUGUGUAGCCAGUUGAGUAAUUCCAUGCACUUGCACGAAAUAAAUUUUGAAACUUUUAUUGACUAUAUUUAACUGAAAACUAAAGAAAAGAAGAAAAAGCAUUACUACUGCAUCACCUGCAUGAUAAAUUGCACCGUCGGCGUCGGAAACAAUGCCGACUUCAAAAGUAAUCUUCCACUCAACAUUUUUGGGAGGAAAUUGUGAUUUUAGAAUACUAAGUAUUGGUACAGUUACGAGACACCGUUCUACGAAAGAAAUUUUCUAAUCAUCCUUUCGUGUUUAAACGGUCGGUGUGAAUCACGUCGUAAAUCAUAGAAAAUGAUGCCCGGAUAGGUCUGUGGAUACUUUACUCGAUCUUGCUAGGCAAAUUAACAGCGAAACAAUCUCCUUUAUUUUAUAUGCAUUCGCUUAAACAACUCGGAACUGACAUUCAGACCGUAUGAAUACCGAAAAACUUCAUCAAAACCUUUGUUUUGAACCCUUGUGCGACCCUUCACUGCACAUUGCGCGUAGAAUUUACAGAAACGCUGCGCUGGUGUUUUCACUAAAGCACGCUAUGCCCAUUUUACUCGUUUUAAGGCCCGUUUACACUUGCGAUUUUUGCUGCGAUUUUACGUGCGAUUUACUUCGUUUGAUAGAUGUGAACGAGUAGCUAAUUAGCUACGAAUGUUUUGCUCAUAUUUGAACUGAUCAGUAACUAUAUAUAGCAUAAAUGGGCCUUUUUGCAGUUUUUAUGAGUGGUACUCAUCUUUAUGAUUGCUUACUCAUCUCAUGACAGCAUAGACGGCGGACGAUGCUUAAGACUUUAUACAGCGCUCUUUUAUUCUACGCUGGUAAGAAAAACUGAGAAAAGCUAAAACAGGAGCUGCUAGCUCUUUUACGCUGGACCUGGCUGAAUAUGCCAGCAAUGUCGCUUUAAUGCUUAAAUACAUGGCCUAAAUAUCGAAAUACUAUAUAGCAUCACGCGAAUUUCUU